AUGUCAUUUUGCAUCGCGGAUCAAGGCACACAAACCGAUUCGUUGCUGAUUACUGAAGAUUCAAGCGUAAGUGGACUAAACAGCCGAUCGCGGGCCAAAAGUGAGACACAUGAAGAAGGCGCCGCCCGCAACGAUGCGGAACACUCGCCAUCGCCUCAACGUGAAAUCGUACAUAAAAUUCACAAAUCAUCAUCGUUCUCUUCGUCUUCGGGCAACUCGCAGGGCGCAUCUUCCCCACUCGGCUCAGCCACCUCAACCACAUCGCUGCACUACUCACCGAUUCGCCCCGCCAAACGCACCCUAAAGAGCGACACCAUCAACACAUAUCAAAAAUGGGAGACUACCAUUGAGUCCAUCAGCUAUGUUUCAAGUAAAACUUUGGCCAUCUCAGAUUAUGGCUCGGAUGCGGAAAGAACCAGAUCUGAUUCGAUAUCCAACCAUUCUCAUUCCACAAGAUCGCGUUCCACAACUCCAGUGCCGGGACCAGUGCCAGCGGCCAGAAGCGCCACCAAGGUCGCGACACCAACCAGCAGCAAUAGCGCUUCGAUGGAUAGCAGCAGCAACAGCAGUAGCGGCAUUGAUAGCGGCUCGGCGUGUUAUAAUGCAACUUACAAGGCAACCACCACUACUACAAGAGGUUCCAAUAAUAACUUCAAUGGCAGCAGGAUUUGUGAUUCUAAAUCACCGAAGCUGAUUCCGUUCGCGAAUGGCUCGCCAUUGUCGGUUAAACAGACAG